UCAAUCAGUCUCUCUCAUGCCUCUCAUCCCUCAGUUUAGAUAGAACAACCUCCGUUGGGUCAGUGUCAGUGUCCAAUUGGAGCCCAUCGAUCCCCUGGGCCUAGCUUGAGUGUUGAGUGGACUCAGUCGAUUCCGGUGGGUGGCAUCAUGGCUUUGAUGGGGGAGUUGGGCACGCUGUUGAGCACGGAGUUGCCGGAGGGUCGCCAGAACCUCCUGGACAGCUUCACGAACCUGCUGCGCGUGGCUGAGUACUGCGAGAACAACUACGUGCAAGCCGAGAACAAACGCGUGGCCUUGGAGGAGACCAAAGGCUACACCACGCAAUCGCUGGCCUCGGUGGCCUACCAGAUCAACACCCUGGCCUACAACUUCCUGCAGAUGCUGGAUUUGCAAAAUGCCGCUCUCAACGAGAUGGAAAGCCAAGUGAAUCACAUCACGCAAACCGUGAAUAUUCACAAGGAGAAAGUGGCUCGACGAGAAAUCGGCAUCCUCACCGCCAACAAAUCCUCCAACAGGCAAUACAAGAUCAUUGCGCCCGCUAACCCUGAAAGAACGGCCAAAUACGUUCGAAAGCCGAUUGAUUAUUCCAUUUUGGACGACGUUGGUCAUGGGGUCAAGAGUGUGCAACAACAGCAGGUCACGCCCCGCCAACAUCGGCCUUCUACCGCCAGCCAAUACGCCCCCGGCGGGGUCAUGCUUAUGCGGGAGAAUUCUAGCUCGGCCAAUUCAGCCUACGGUAGCUUGGGCAACUUGUCAGGCGGUAGCGUACCGGGAGCCAUGGUGGGCGGACCGGGACCCGCUCCCACUACCAAGCCGCCUACGCCCCCGCAGGCUAAUCGGGGCAAUCCCUACGGGACGUUGAACCGCUCCAAGGAAUAUCGAACCCCGCCUGUGGUGGCACCACCCCAGGUGCCCUCCAAUUAUGCACCCAAUUACCCCAAUCAGCAAUACCGGACCUUGCCGCAUCCCCAGGUACAAAUGGUUCAUCCCGUGCAACAGGAUCAUGAAAAUCGAUAUUCGCGGAAUAUAACCACGAUGCCCCGCUUGAGCUCAAACUCGAUGCGGUCCACGGGCAGUCACAGUAGCUCGGGCGGGGAAUAUGGUCGUAUGGGUGGAACACUGGGCCGUCAAUAUGGACGUGGUAACACGCCACCCACGGCUGCCGCUAGUAGACCUGUCUCAUCGGGCCAGUAUGGCAUUCCCAUGAGUCGGCCCACCCAAAGACCACCCUCUCCACCUCUACCACCCCCACCCAUGGGAUCUGGUAACAACGGCAUGUCACCCUCUGUGGCUCAACAGCAGCAAAAUUACAAUCCCGUGUAUGGCCGACUUAAUUCGAGUGGAGCGGAAUCGAGCACUUCGGGCAUCUACUCGCGUCAAUCAAGCUUGGCCAAUGACCAAAAUUCAUCGAUUUAUAGCUCCCGAAAGAGCUCCAUGAGCUCAGUUCAACAACAGCAGCUACAACUUCAAAUGCAGCAACAACAGAAACAAAUGCAGCUAGCUCGCCAAACGAGUCAAAUGGCCGCCGCUGCGGCUGCCGUGGCCACAAGGCAGCUCUCAAGGCAAUCCUCGCAUACUUCGAGCGUUUUGCCCGUGGAUAGCAACUUGCCCGGAUGGGUACCCAAGAGUUAUUUGGAGAAAGUGUUGGCCAUCUAUGACUACAAUGCCGACAAAGAGGAUGAGCUGAGCUUCCAAGAAGGAUCCGUGAUCUACGUGCUAAAGAAAAAUGACGAUGGAUGGUGGGAAGGCGUCAUGGACGGAGUCACCGGUUUGUUUCCGGGCAACUACGUGGAGGCUAAUCUGUAAAUUUCUCGUUAUGCUUGAAUCACUAUAUUAUUAACGUACAUAAUUCUCCUUUCCAAAUAAUAUGGACCCAACCCUCUUCCAUGGACUAGAAUAGACACUUGCUUUUGUUUGCAAUAUUGAUACGAUAUGUAGUAGCCUUCAAUCACAAGAAAGAGCGAAAUAAAGAUCAUUGAAUCCAA